AGUGUGUUGGCAUGGGGCAUCAGGUUAAAGGCAUAGAGGCUUGGGGUAAAAGGUUUAGGAUCGUUAUUAUAGUAAAGGUUGAUAUACCUUUUUGGGGAUUUUAGAAGGCAGAUAUUUUUGAAUGAUUGCUGCAUAGUUGCCUUUUUUGAAUGUGCCUUUGUUAUGUAUUCAUUUAAUUAAUAGCCAUUUAAUCUGUAAAUGGUCCUUAUUGUUCAUGUUAAAGACAAUUGCAAGGUGUAGUAGAUCUUUUUCCUGGACUAAAUGUGUGCUGCAGAAUCCAUAUGACACUACAGUACAUGACAACCUGUGUCCAAGUAGACAAUGUAAAGUUGAAGAUGGUGGGUGACUCUGGCAGAUGGCUUUUUGUUGGUGUGGUGAUGCAGAAACAGUGUUUGAAAUGUCCACCAGCCUUUGAAGGCAUGGCCUUUCAGAGAAAUGCUCGGUAAAAUAUGCAGUUGUUGAUUUGGUUUUCUUCCACAUGGAAUACCAUUUCUAUGAUGUAAUGGCUAAUAAUUAAUAUUCUGAACACAUAGAGAAGCCAUAUGUUUUAGACUACAAUGCCAGAGUGACUUUCAGUGGCUUUAGGCCUAGACUAUAGGCUAGGCUUUGAGAAAGAUCCAGAGUAAGACUGCAAGCUGUUGAAUGUUGCAUCCUAAUAUCAUAAAGCAGCCAGAUGCCUUCAGUGUCAGACUGUGAAGGAGGGAGUUCGCUGACCUUGGGUAAGAGGAGUAGGUUCCUGGAGAAGAAAGAUGUGGCGUCACUUGCUCAACGCACCGUGGCGGGACAUGUUCACAGAGCAGAUAUUUGCUUUAACUUGAAAAGCCCUUCCUCUGGCAGAAUUGACAGCUUGGUGAUAACAUGUUUAAUAGAUCAUUUUACACCUCUUGUCGCAGGAUUUGAUGGACUGCCUUUGGGGAUCUUUGCCUGGAACCUAGCUUGGUUCAGUGACUCAAUGCAGUUUUGCAUUUCCAAAAAAAGGUUUUAUCUGUUGGAUAUUACAUGGUUACCUGGGAUCUAAUAGAUUAAGAACAUUCGCUUGGAUAUUGCCGAGAUUCUCCUCAGGGAUUUUUACACGAGUGGAGGUCAAGCAGUGCCAGUGUUUGACCCUUGAAGAGUGUGAUUCUCUGUAAGAGGUGGGUUUAUCUGGAUGUUUCCCAUGAAGGAGAUGGAUGGCCCUCGAUCCAGUGGCCUCCGCAAGAAGAGGAAGUCGAGGUCAGUGAGGGAUCAGGUCCGCAGAUCAAAUGGGAUAAGGAACAACCAUGUCAAGGGCUCCGUCUCUCGCUUCUCCUCCGACUCAGAGAGGGAGGGCAACAGGGAGCCCUCCUCAUCCCGCCCUCGACCCCCGCGAAGAAAGCGAAAGGAGUCUACUUCUGCUGAGGAGGACAUCAUCGAUGGCUUCUCUAUCACAGGCUUUGUGACUCUGGAGGCUCUGGAGAAGAACUUGACACUGAAACCCCAAGAGUGCAGAGACAACCAGGCAGGGCCCCUACACAAGAAAAAGGCUGCCAGGGUCCCCAACGGCCUGAGCCUGGAGCCCUGCAAGAACCAUCAUCACCACCAGCAGCAGGCUUCUGACCAGGAGAACAACCCCCGCCUGGCGCACACGCAAGGCAAGAGGAAGAAGAAACACCUGAACACGAAACACACAACGCUGAAGCCGGGGCAGAACAACUGUAAGGACAGCGACAGCGAGAGUGUAAGCGGAGAGUCCAAGCCUUCCAUCAGAAGCAGCUCCAGAGGCAGGCUGACAGAUUGUGACACAGAGAGUGACCAAGACGACAAGGUCUCCGAUGCCAGCUCAGAGAAAUUUUUCAGCACAGCUGCAGUUAAAGUUCAAGAUUUUGGCAUCCAUGUGCUCUCCACCAAUGACAGCCAGGAGCCUCAUGGCCCAGGCCUCCUCAAGGUGUCAGGCCUAGAACGCAGUCAGGAGAGGAGCCAGGACACCUGCAGGGACCACCAACCCCCUGCAUCUAGCACCCCCAGUCAACCUCUGCCCCCCAAAGCCCUGCCCCAGCCGUCCGUCCCCCAACCCCUGACCCCUCAUCGGACCCAGACAAACUGCCUUACCCAGGCUCCGGCCUUCACAAACCUGCCCCCACGCUCAGAGGCUCUCCCCAGGCCUCAGACACCCGCAGCCCUGCCUCUCGCUCAGGGCCAAGCGCCCUCGCCGACCCCCCCUCCCCGGCCCCAGCAUCAGCCGGAACUGCUGUCCCACCCCCGGCCUCAGCCAACAACCAGCCUUCACCCACAUCCGCCGUCUCCUGCCCUCCCCACCCUUCACCCUCACCAACAGCACCCAAGUCAGGCCGGGCCCCACCGGCCCCCGUCGCGCUGCCACCCCCGGCCCCUUUCUGCCUACAACGGCCUCCACCUCAACGGUCACAGCAGCAGCAGGAGCAGCACCCCAGGCACCAAGCCCCACGGGCCCCCUGCUCCCUCUUUGCACCUUCCCCACCACCCGCCUCCUCCUGCCGCCACAGCAGCCUCCGCCUUCCCGCUGCCCUUGGCGGCUAACCAGAACACCCCCCACAGCUUCCCCCCUGCCUUGCAGUCCUCGCCGCACCCACACCACCCCAAUAUGUUCGCUCCUCCAGCGGCCUUGCCUCCACCACCACCACUUACGUCUAGUACCCUGCCAGUCCCCGGACAUCCUGCCGCUGGGAGUGCCUACUCAGAGCAAGACCUUCUGCGCCAGGAGCUCAACACCCGUUUCCUGGCCUCCCAGAACGCCGACCGUGGCGCCUCGCUGGGCCCUCCGCCCUACCUGCGCACAGAGUUUCACCAGCACCAACAUCAACAUCAGCACCAGCAUCAGCACCAACACACCCACCAGCACACCCACCAGCACACCUUUACGCCCUUCCCCCACGCCAUCAUGCCCACCCCAGCACCGCCCAUGGUGCGUACCCCUGCCAGAAAUUUUGAAAAAUACCCAACAAAAGUUGACCCCUUCUACAGACACAGUCUCUUUCAAUCCUACCCACCGGCCAUGUCUGGCCUUCCUCCUGUCAUCCCCCCGACCGGGCCCUUCGGCUCGCUUCAGGGUGCCUUUCAGCCCAAGACCUCUAAUCCACUCGAUGUGGCCACAAGACCUGGAGGCGUCCCACACACAUUCUUGCAAAAAGACCCCAGGCUAACAGAUCCAUUUCGGCCCGUUCUCAGGAAACCAGGGAAGUGGUGCGCCAUGCACGUCCACAUCGCCUGGCAGAUAUACCACCACCAACAGAAAGUAAAGCAGCAGAUGCAGGUCGACCCUCACAAACUAGACUUCGGCCUCAAGCCUGAGUUCCUGAGUCGACCUCCAGGCCCCAGCCUCUUCGGCGCCAUCCAUCACCCCAGCGACUUGGCACGGCCUGCCACGCUCUUCUCCGCUGCAGGCGAGUGUGUGUCAGAUCUACAUUGCAUGUCAUUUAUUAAAGUUACGAGUACUGAUGGGGGUGUCUUUCUUUAUGCUUCUAGGGACUCUGUAGAAAAGCGCCACCCAAGCCAUCCGUCCCCGGUUCCUGUCGGCCUCCUUGGCCAUGCCCGGCCCCCUGAGCACCACAGGAACCACCUGCUCCCCACUUCCGUAGAGCCUCAGAGGGACAAGGAAAACAAGGCCAAAGACCGGGAGAGGGAGCAGCCAGACUCCUGGAAAGACAACGGGACGGAUGACCGCAAGCAAGGCGACAAGGAUGUCCACGACGGCCGAGCGUCAGAGGAAAAAGCGUCCAACGGGGGGACGCAGUCUCCCUACGUCCGGCAGACCAGCCUCGAGCGUCCCAAUGGCGGGCUGAGCAGGGAGAUUCUGGACAAAAAGGUAGAGCUGCCCUAUGAGCACCAGAAGAAAAACAGCGAGGUCAAGGUAAAGGAGGAGCGGAAGGAGGAGCCGGACGGAGCCACAGAGAGGGCGAGCGAGCACCCGACACGUGCGCCUUCUGCGCCAAACCUUCUCCCUCCCUCCUCGAUGCCCAUGCCCAUGAGUGUGAGUGUGGCUGGCGUUCACCCCAUCAACAGCAUCAGUAGUCUAGAGAGAACUCGAGUGGUGGCGCCCUUCAUGGGUAUCAGCCCUAUCCCGGGAGCCGACAGGUUCCCUUACCCUGCCUUCCAUUGGGACCCCUACAGGGGCCUGGACAUUCACAGACGGGACCUGUUGUUAAGGAAUGACCCUCUGCACCGGUUGGCGGCGCCUCGCCUCUAUGAGGCUGAGCGCUCCUACAGGGACCGCGAGCCUCACGACUUUAAUCGCGACCACAUCCACCCUCUGGCCCUGGAGCAGAGGAGGGAGCAGGAGCGUGCUCAUAUGGAGGAGCGCGAGCGCCUCAAUUUGCUCAGGGAGGACUACGAGCAUGGGCGCCUCCACCCCGUGAUGCACCAUCCCGCCCUAGACGGACACCUCCCCCACCCCGCCCAGGGCUUUGUGGCCCCUGGACUCCCGGGCACGCACUACUCGAGGGUCAGUCCUUCGGCUGCCCAUCAGAACGGUAUCCUUAACAAAACGCCCCCCGUCGCCUCUCUGAGCGCCCCGCCCCCUCUCAUCCCCACGCUGGGCGCCAGGCCCGGCUCACCCAGACGGACUACUCCCCUGACCGCAGACAUCAGAGACAGAGCAGCUCACAAAGACAUCGAGGCGCGGUGAGCUCUGACUCGGCGCCCCUGCGCCUCGCCAACACUGAACUCGCACCAAGCACUUAGCUUUGGGCAAAGCAAGACUGUAACAUAGCUGUGAAUAAGUUAUGCGUGGCAGAGAGGUGCCCGCGCCAUGAAUUGUUUUUGUACAAAACUACAGAGACAAUAAGUGUGGAACAAAACAAAAAAAGACAUAUUUUUCCGUUUGCUCCAGCUUUUUGUGUGCAUUCUUUUUCUGGUAUAGCAAAACAAGAAUAAACAAUUUUGGAAUGUACAGGUACUCUAGCAGUGACAGUGAAGUGUGUACGGUUGCUGUGCUCACCCUGUGUGGAUUAAAAAUCAUGGUACAAAUAUGCAAAAGGGUGUUUUGAAAGCUUUACUUUGAACAGGCGUAAAUAGACGAGUAUUACAGCAGUUCUUCAGAAUGUGCUUUUUGCCAUUUCCCUUUUGUUUGUUUUUUUCCGUCGCCGCGGCCGAUUAGCAUUGUACCAGAGACCCCGUAUUCAACUAUGCAACAAAUGUCUGGGCUCCCUUUCUGAACGCUGGCCUUCUUGCCUCUACCGAGUGUGUAACGGUUAAGGACAAACGGCUGUAUUCUCUCCAGAACUCAGAGGCGCGUUACAUCCGUGCAGAUACAGAUCCAAGCUUUAACUGAGCCGCGCUGGGGGUGGAGGUAGCGUUUUGAGAAUUACUUUCUCAAUUGUGGCGACAAUCCUAGAAAUGCAUUUUAAAGAUUUCCAAUGUUGACAGCUUUUCCCCCAGUCUGGUCGUGGGGAGAAUGCAGCGCGUAAGACCCCGUGACGGCACAUUUGCCCAUUGAAGGAGUGUAAAGUACAUGUUUUGGAAAUAGCUUCUGUUGGUCACACCGUGUAUAAAAGUGCUUUCCUGAGUUUGUGUAAAAAGUACAAAAUCAAAAGACAAAAAAGCAAGUCUAAACUACGGACAGUUUGUUUCUAAUGAGCAGAGAUAUAUUUUAGUAGUCCACUGAAGGUUUAGUUGUGCGCUUCAAACUCUGUGAUAUCAUGUCGUGCAGUGUUUUUUAAUCCGACGUAAAAAUGUCCACCGGAGCCGUAGUGGUUAGUCAACGCGUAUUGCGAAAAAGAUUGUCGAGCCUUUUUUUUUUUGCUGUUAACGUGUACGGGGGAAAAGUAAAGUCUUUCUAGAUCGUGUACAAAAAUGAGGAAAAAAAUUAAGCGACUGAAUCUUCAGCAUGCUCCUCAUUUAAACUUGUGUUAUGUAAAUUGUGCCAUGUUAUUAAAAAAAUGUGUACUAACCCUG